AUGUACGAUGAAUUUGUGGUUGAUUAUGAACCAACAAAGGCUGAUUCCUAUCGAAAAGCUGUUAUGCUUGAUGGAGAAGAAGUCCAAAUUGAUAUUUUAGAUACAGCUGGACAAGAAAAUUAUGCGGCUAUUCGUGAUACAUAUAUUCGUAGUGGCGAAGGUUUCUUACUUGUUUUUGAUGUCACUGAUACUGAAUCAUUUACUGAUAUUAAUGAACUUUACGAACAAAUUCUUCGUGUAAAAAAUGGUGAUAGAAAUAUUCCCGCUAUAUUAGUCGGCAAUAAAAUUGAUUUAGCUGAAAAGCGUCAAGUAACACACCAGGAAGCUGAACAAAAAGCAAAAAGUUGGGGAAUUGAAUAUAGGGAAACAUCGGCUAAAACAACGCAUAAUGUUGAUCUGGUAAGCUACAUACAUCAGAUUUGAAAAUACUGUUCUAACGUAAUACACAGUGCCAUACUAAUUAACUCUGUACAAUCUUCUAUAUACUCAUGCUAUUUUCCUUGUAUUACGUCAUUUACUCAUAAUAUGUUUUUUUCUAGGUUUUUU